AUGCUUGCUAAUUGGUUGUGGAGAUUCGCGGUUGAAAGAAGUAGCUGGUGGAGGAUUUUGAUCGAGAUUAAAUACCCAAACCCCCGUUCGAUUUGGCAGACUGAUCGGGCUCGUAUGGGUUUCUCCCAUUCUGUGUGGGCAAAUAUAUCGAAGGCCUAUGACUUUUUCUGGAAGUUUGCAUCCAUGGAUCCGGGAAACGGCACCUCUAUCUCCUUCUGGUACGAUGUAUGGGUUCCAGGGAUGGUGUUGGCUUCAGCCUUUCCUCGUGUCGCCGCUGCUGCUGUUGACCCCAAUGCUAGCCUCUCCGACGUGGCCUCGUUCGAUGAUGGGACGGUGAGAUGGUCUAUUACCCUUAAAUAUUCGUUGAGAGGGGGGGCUGAGAGGGAGAGAGUUCAAUUGUUAAAUUUUCUGCAAAAUUGUGAGGGUUUUAAGCUUAAUUCUAGUCCGUGUAGGAUUAUUUGGAAUCCUGAUUACAAUUGCAAGUUUUCUGUGAGAUCUUGUUACAAGCAGGUGUCUAAAGAUUUUUUGGUCAGCGUCCAAGACUUCCCCGCCAAGCAGAUUUGGAGGCCUGUGAUUCCCUUGAAAGUGUGUUUCUUUAUGUGGCUGGCUUGUCACAACAGGAUCCUAACUAUGGACAACUUAAUGAAGCGGGGGUGGUCGUUGGCGAGUAGAUGUAUCCUCUGCUGUCGAGAGAAUGAAUCGGCGAUGCACGUUUUGAUGGAGUGUGACUUCACUAAAGAUGUUUGGAGUUUCCUCAAUAGGAAUAGAGCGGAGCUGGGAUUCAGAGGGAGCGAUUCAAGCUCGGUGAUCAAAAGUGUUACAUUGUCCGAGCCUGUGAACGUCGAUGGAUGGUUUGCGAGCUGCAUCCUACACGCUGUAUGGUGGGGUGUUUGGAUUGAGAGGAACCAACGGAUAUUUGAAGAGAAGGCGUCAUGUGCUUCUGUGGUGGCUAAGAAAGCAGCAAGGCAUUCUAUGGAAUGGCUGGUGGCGCACGGAAAAGUGGAGAAAUCGCAGGGAGAGGGCUGGUUGAAAGAUGCUAUGCUUGCCAUUUAA